CAGUCUGACGCUGGGUCACCUAAAACUAUCCACAUAUAUUCAGGAAAAAAAUAAUCGAAUUUAUUGUGUUGUGUCUUAAUCUUUGUGAUUGGGAGCAAGGUACCGUGUUCUCUGAACUGUUUUUAAGUCUCUCUCUCUCUCUCUCUUAUGUUUGCAGGCUCUCAACUCUCAAGGCCAUUGCAAAGAUUCCUUGAGCAUCUUCUUUUAGGCUUCUUAUUUUACUCUCCAUUUUAACCUUUGGUUAUCAACAAAGGCAAAGGAAGAUCUGAAAAUGUUGAGUGCUUUUUUUUUUUUAAUUAAAAAAUCUGUGUUAGAGCCUUGAACGAAGGCUCAGAGAUGAGACCGGUUCUCUCUUCUCUGUGACUUUUGGGAAAGAAGAUCGAAGACCCAUUUUUCAUUGGAAGUUCUUUGUAGAUCAAGAACUUUGCUUUGGCUUUGGUGGAUUUACCGGCAUUCUUAAGAUGAGAGGGAAAGUUGUCUUUUUGAAAUUGGAUUUCGAUAGGUGAACGUAUCUGGUAGGAUUGAUUUAAUAUUUCUUGGUUAAUACGGGCACUAGAUUGUUGCCAAAAAGCUAUAUUAAAUAACGUGCAAAGGAGCAAGGAGCAGACAUUGCAUACUUGGAUGCUCAUGUUUAAGAUGUGUGUUGAUAAAGAAAACGAGGUUGUGAUAAAUUUGGUUGUUCUCUUGUAGUGAUUCUUUAUUGAUUAAGGAGUGCAUCAGGUUAUUGUUGAUGGCAUCAAUUAGAAGAACACUGUCUCCAGUGCCUCGGCAGGGGACUCUAGUUACUGGAGAGGUUGAACGUUCAGUUCCUUCUCCUUUGUCCAAGUCUUCAUCAUGUAAUCAGAACUACCCACCUUCUGGCGGAUUGCUAUCUUCUCUUUUUGGUUUAUCGGAUUCUCAAUCUUUGGUUCUUGGUGUUUUCUCUCCGAGAUCCUCUAGGCCUCUUGACAGGUCAAAACAGAAAGGACAAGUUUGGACGAGAGCUCUUUUUCAUUUCUUCAUUUGUUUCAUAGUUGGUUUUUUUAUUGGAUUGACACCAUUCAUUUCCAUGGACUUUUCUUAUAUGAAUCCCAUUUCAAAGCACCAGGCAUUCUCCUUUGAGGUAGUAUCAACGGCUGGGAAUUUUCAAACGCUUGACAGUUCAGCAAGAAAUGUAACUUCAAUAAUGGACAAAGCGGAGGUUGAAAGUAAUGUCACAUUGGAGGCAUUAGUGCAGAAACAGGAAGUGAUAGAAGGGCAUUUAGAUAAUGCCUUCACUAAUCAGUUACUCUCUCAAGAUAUAGAUCUGGAAUCUCGUAAGCUUUUAAUAGUUGUGACUCCAACAUAUGCUCGACCACUUCAAGCCUACUAUCUAAAUCGUUUGGCAUACACAUUAAGGCUGGUCCAACCUCCUCUAUUGUGGGUGGUUGUGGAGAUGACCUCCCAGUCUGAGGAAGCAGCUGACAUCCUAAGAAGGAGUAGUGUUAUGUACAGGCAUCUUGUUUGCAAGAAAAAUCUGACUGAUAUAAAAGACAGAAAUGUUCACCAAAGAAAUGUGGCACUGUCUCACAUUGAAACUCAUCAUCUUGAUGGAAUUGUCUACUUUGCCAAUGAGGAUAACAUCUACUCGAUCGAUCUCUUUGAGCAAAUGAGGCAUAUUAGGCGGUUCGGGACAUGGACUGUGGCCAAACAAACAUGGGACAAAAGUAGAGCUAUAUUGGAGGGCCCUGUUUGUAAUGGAACUCAAGUCAUUGGAUGGCACCUAAAAGGAUUAAGUAGGAGAUUCCGAAGAUUCCAUGCUGAACUGUCAGGGUUUGCCUUCAACAGUACCAUACUCUGGGACCCAAAGCAAUGGCACCGACCAACUCUUGAACCAAUUAGACAACUUGACACAGUAAAAGAUGGCUUUCAAGCAAGCUCGUUCAUUGAACAAGUUGUGGAAGAUGAAAGCCAGAUGGAAGGCUUGCUGCAGGACUGCUCAAGAAUCAUGGUUUGGGAGCUUAAUGCUGAAUCAUCUAAUUCCUUCUACCCCCAAAAAUGGUCAAUGAAGAAUAAUUUAGAUAUUAUUGCUCCACUUGCAUGAAAUUCUGGAUGCGGAAGGCGUUAAUUUUGAUUUUCAAGGAAAGAUGGCUGAGAAUCGCAUAUCAUUUCAGCGAACCGAGACUCAUAACUAGGCUGAUGCUGACACCAAAUGGCCAAGCAUACAACUCGUUGAUGUACGUACCUUCUAGAUGAAUUGGCAGGGUAUUUUGCAUACAAGUGUAAACAUAAUCGUUGUACAGUAUAUUAUUUUACCAUUUAUGCAUUGCCUGCUCAUUUUGGUUGAGGGAAAUUUCAUGGAACUAGUUAGGAACGGGUGGUCAAAUUAAAAGCAUCCUUGUGUGAUACAGACUGUAAUGUUACUUUGGCUCUCAUUCUGUUUUUAGCAAUUCCUUCGAGUAAAACUGAAAGCAAUUUUGAUUAUUUACUUGUUAUCCCCA